UUAGAAAAAUAUUGCACACAUGUAGCCGCCUCUUCCGUCUUUCUGUCCAAUCACUGCAGUGUGAGGGGUGAUGUAAUAUGCGAAGUUAAACGCGGGAAAUCAGAAAUUACAACAGGGACGAGCAUGAAGGUGGUUACGUGUGAGAUUGCCUGGCACAACAAGGAACCAGUCUACAGUCUGGACUUCCAGCACGGCUUGGAUGGACGGACUCAUCGGUUGGCCACAGCUGGAGUCGACACAGCUGUCAGACUGUGGCGGGUCAGCAUGGGUUCAAAUGGGAAGGCGGAGGUGGAGUUUCUGUCUAAUCUGGCUCGACACACCAAGGCUGUAAAUGUCGUUCGCUUCUGCCCCAAAGGAGAGCUGCUUGCCUCUGGAGGAGACGAUGCUGCACUUCUGUUGUGGAAGCUCAAUGAGAGCAAGGAGAUUGAGCAACCUACCGUGUUCCAAGAUGAUGAUGAAACUCAGCUGAACAAGGAGAGCUGGACUGUGGCCAAGAUGCUCAGGGGACAUAUUGAGGAUGUAUACGACAUCUGCUGGACUCGGGAUGGAAACUUUCUGGUUUCUGGAUCUGUUGACAACACUGCAAUCAUGUGGGACAUCAACAAAGGACAGAAGCUGCAUAUUUUCAACGGACAUAAGAGCUACGUGCAGGGUGUGGCCUGGGACCCUGUGGGCCAGUAUAUUGCCACUCUUAGCUGUGACAGAGUGAUGUGCGUGUACAACACUCACACCAAGAAGAAGGCCUUCUGUGUCAGUAAAAUGAGCACGACACCGAAUGCAGAGGGAGAGGUGAAGCAGUAUCGAAUGUUCCAUGAUGACAGUAUGAGGUCAUUCUUUCGCCGUCUGUCAUUCACACCAGACGGGUCGUUCCUGCUUGCUCCAGCGGGUUGUGUCGAGGUGGGAGAAAACAUCAUGAAUACUACUUUUAUUUUUUCCAGGAAGGCCCUCAAAAGGCCCAUUGCUCAUUUGCCGUGUCCAAAUAAAUCCACGCUGGCUGUGCGCUGCUGCCCCGUGUACUUUGAGCUGAGGACCAAAAAAGGAGAAGAUGGUUCCAUCCAAAGUCUUCCUAAUUUGUUCCAGUUGCCGUAUCGUAUGGUGUUUGCCGUGGCAUCCGAGGACUCCAUCUUCUUAUAUGACACGCAGCAGACACUUCCGUUCGGCCUGGUGUCCAGCAUCCACUACCACACGCUCAGUGAUCUCACAUGGUCCCGGGAUGGUUCUUUCCUGGCUGUGUCUUCCACAGACGGCUACUGUUCCUUCCUGUCUUUUGCUCCUGGUGAGCUGGGCACUCCCUUGAAGGAGCCCCCCACCUUGGAGGUGUUCACUCCAACCAGUACUGUUGAGAAAAGGGGCAGGAAAUCUGCAGCCUCCAAAAACUCCUCACCUGCAUCCCAGCCACCAAACACAACCCUGAUUCCCACAUCCCAAAUUGGCAGUGGCAAAGAAGUCCCCUCUGGUCCCACCUCCCCCAUCACGUCUCCACAGGAGAAGACCCCCACUGUUAAGACUAAACCUCAGCCUCGUAGGAUCACCCUCAACACUCUGGAGGGCUGGGGGAAGCCUAUUACCCAUAAGACCAUAUCUUCAACACCUCAGACUCCACCUUCUAUUUCUCAGCCCCAGGUCACCCCUAACAAGUCCUCAGUUUCCCAGCCACGCCUCACCCCACUCACUCCCACCACCCCUAAAGUCCUAAAUAGUGAUAAUAUCCCUGGAUCCUCUACUCCCAAGACUACACCCCUUACCUCCACCCAGCCACGCCUCACCCCACUCACUCCCACCACCCCUAAAGUCCUAAAUAGUGAUAAUAUCCCUGGAUCCUCUACUCCCAAGACUACACCCCUUACCUCCACCCAGCCACGCCUCACCCCACUCACUCCCACCACCCCUAAAGUCCUAAACAGUGCUAAUACCUCUGGAUCCUCUACUCCCAAGACUACACACUCCUACAUGGGCCCCACCCCAAGGCGAGUAUCUUUGACUCCUGUAUCCUCCUCGUCUCCAGCUACCUUCUUAACCGUGAAAGCCAAACACGAGCGUCCAUCUCCUCCCUCUGAUCCAGUGUGCCAGCCUCCUGACUCCAAACGGGCAAAGAUUAGUGAACAGGAGCAGGCGGCCAGCCAGGCCCCUGUCCAGGCCCCAGGUCAGGGCCCUGCUUAGUGUUAACAGACAACUCUUUGGUGUUGCUGUAUAGUGACAGACUAGAGCACAUAAAGCAGAAUGAUUCAGUCAAAAUAACCUGAGUGC